AUGAUACAGCCCAGCGAGUUAACUGGCUCUCCUCUUCCGAAAAAUGAUCUGACAAUCAAUGAACUGUGGCUUCGAAAUGUCCACAAGUACGAAAGUGCACUUGCUCUAAUUUGCACUCAUCAGGCAUCUGAUUUGUACGGUAUCUCAAAUUCGUCCAUUAAAAAGGGAGAAGACAAGGAUGCAUAUCUCAGAUGGACUCAUGGCGACGUUGAGAGAGCCAUCAAAAUAUUCUCGAAUAGCCUCAGACGCGAAGGUUUUGAAGAAGGCGAUAUAAUCUUCACAUUCGCAGGGAACAGUGCUGAGUCCGUGAUUUCGACAUGGGCGGCUUUUCGCAUUGGCCUCAUUCACGUUCCAAUCAACCCUAAGAACCUGUCCUAUGACCGGGAGAUUCGGCACAUGCUCAAUACUUCAAUAUCGGCCUCAGGCUCUUCGCCAAGAAAAAUAGCAAUAAUUGCUGGCACUGGCGAUUUGUGUUCAUCUAUCGAGGAGUUGACAGCUGGCCUGAAUUGCAUCAAGAUUCUUGUCGACUUCAAGGGUUCUGGAACUGGCUGGAUAUCAUUUGAAGACCUGAUGCAAAUGCCAAAUGAGGAUUGUCAGGAUGAUCAUCAUAUCAUCAACACAUUGAAGCCACAGGAGCGAUCGCUUUUCUUCACCAGUGGUACUACUUCUCUUCCAAAGGGAUGCUUUCUUGAACCCUCCGCCUCUCCACUCGCAGUCGCAAUUGGCUGGCAGCAAGGUGAUCAAGCAAUGUCACCCGGCGAAAAGUUUGCGCUCGCUUUGCCAAAUAAUCAUGCUUUUGGUCAUCAAUGUCUCAUGGCUUGCCUUUUAAAUGCUAUUACGGUUGUAUUUUCCGGAUCAGGAUUUAAUCCCGAGAGGAUGACUGAGACCAUUCACAAAGAACAGUGCCAAUAUACUGCUCUAGUUCCGACAAUGGUACUUGCUCUGAGCCUAUCCCAACGAAUGCCCGAGAAAAAGCUCACCUCAUUGCGUCGGGUCAUUCUCGCCGGUGCUCCGCCCAGUGAAGAGACGGUCAGAAUCUGUCUUGAAGAUCUUGGUGCUUCAGGAGUCCAGAAUCAAUAUGGCAUGACAGAAGGCACACUUGCCAGUACAAAUAUUGCACGGAAUGUUUCCGACCUUAUCGUUCCAGGACAUAUUCUGUUAGGGAAGCCAUUUCCGGGUGCGAAAAUCCGAAUAUGUGCUCAGGGCAGCAAAUUGCCCGUCCCAGCUGGAACUGCGGGACAGAUGCAUUUCUGCGGACCCUCGCUGAUUGCAGGAUACCUUAGCUUACCUGAUGAUGACCAGUUUUACAUCGGGGACAAUGGGGAAACGUGGUUUCGCACUGGCGAUAAGGCAUUUAUGGGGGAUGAUGGACAGCUUUACCUAGUCGGAAGGUUCAAAGAGACAAUCAUACGGGCCGGCGAAAAUAUCGAGCCGUCAGCCAUUGAAGCAGUCUUAUGCCAAGAUCUUGAGUUCUAUGCUCUAGAGCCCCAGGUUGUGAGAUCUCCAGAUGAAAUUGCUGGAGAGGUUCCUGUUGUGGUCAUUAACUGUGAGGUUGACGCAAACACCGCAUAUCAACUCAAAGCGACGAUUCGGGAAAGAAUGGGGCCUCUAUAUGUUCCAACAGAAGUUAUACCACUGCAAUCUUUAGGGCUAAAGUCCUUUCCUCGAACAAUGAGUGGAAAGAUUCAGAAGAAGCGACUUGAGGAGCUAGUCUUCAAGCAGCGUUUACACGUCAGCAAUUCUCAAAAUCUUGACCACGACCGAAGAACCAACGAAGGAAGCUUGGGAUCACAAAUUGUGGCCUCUCUACUAUCUGCAAUCGAGCAACACAAAGGAAUGGCAAUCGAUGACACAACACGCAUAAUGGAUUUAGGGGUUGAUUCGAUCACAUCAAUCACAAUCAACCACCAAGUGCAAAAGGAGACAGGUGUCUCGCUUCCAUCGUCUCUUUUCUUCACGCAAAUGAGAGUCGGUACACUGAGCGACCACCUAAGCACAAUCUCAGACCCAAUGGAGCUUCUCAAUUUCAGUGUACCCAUGACAGAGGAGCCUCCCGAACUAUGUUUCUCGGCUCUACUUCAAGGCACCCCAAAGCCAGGCUGUCCUGCCCUAUUUCUUCUCCCGCCAGGGUCUGGAUAUGCAUUUUCAUACAACUCACUUCCGAAAUUCUCCAACGACAUAGCAGUGUAUUCUUUGGGGUCACCAUUUUUCAUGACCAAGUCAGAGAGUACAUGGUCGGUGGAAGAAGCUGCCGCAAUUUAUGCGAGAACGAUACUUAGUCUUCAGGCACACGGACCUUAUAUCCUUGGUGGUUGGUCGAUGGGAGCAAUCCUCGCCUACGAAGUGGCAUUCCAACUGAGUCAACAAGGAAAAGAUAUUCUCGGUGUUAUUAAUCUUGACAUGGGUGCUAGCCGCCCACUCACGACCAAGAUUCCCGAACCAUGUGUCGAAUUGUUCAAAAUUAUGGGCUUUUACCCUCCGAUCCAUCACGAAGGCCAACCUGAUAUGGAGAUACCUGGCUAUCGCAAACGCCAUAGUGUCUCGUCGUUUUGUGCAAAGAUGAGGUAUUCACCUCGUCCAAUGAGUUCUCUCGUAAAUGCGAAACCGGUACGGAUAUUCGUUAUCUGGGCUGCCCAUGGCGACCACGAUCGACUUCCGAAUGUCAUCUUUGAAGCAGAUGAGAUCUUAAAAAAAUACGGGCCGCAUACACAAUUGAGAACAGAUCAAGGGUGGCUCCGCUUACCACGUGAAACAUUUGAUUCGGGUGGCUGGGAAGAACUGGUCGGAGCAAAGAACGUUGAUUUCGAGACAGCCGACGGGGCUUUUCAUGACACGAUUUUGGAACCGGGUAUAGUAGAGUCCGUGGCGGCCCAGAUGGAGUUAGUAGUGAACAAAUGGUUGUCACAGCCAUUCCCAUAG